UAGGAGUGGUUGGAAAUAAUUGGUAACACUUGUCCCACAAGGCACUAUUCAUGUGACAUAAAGAUUUGGAUUAACAAAACAACCUAGACUACAUGAGAUAUAAUCCAUCCUUAAAUAUUGAUGUCACUUUUAUGUUUUAAAAGCAAAGCACUUAUUUAAAAUUCUUGUUCUGCUUAUUCAGACAGCAAGGCCCAUUAUUCUUUUUUAUUUCUUUAAGUUUGCUUCUUCUGACAAGAACAGGUUUCAUAGAGAGGUAUGAGUGAUUUAAACGGCGAAAGAUCGAAGACGUGGAACAUAUACACGGCUUCGAAUCCAGGUCCGUCACAUUCACAGACAGGAGGAGGAGGAGUUGAUGAGGAAGGUCCAUGGAAAAGCUUUGGAACAUCUAUGAGUGCAAUAUCUUUUGGUUUUGUAGCCACAGCUAUUUUGAUUUCAAUGUUUCUAAUAAUGGCUAUAUUUGAACAUUUGUUUAAACCAACUCAACAGUUUUCUUCUACACCAGAAUCUAUGUUGCCAACUUAUCAGGAACAGCACUCACUACCAACCACAAAACAUCGAAAUGCGCAAUCGGUUUCAUCAUCUUCUUAUGCUUGUGAUUUGUCAGUGUUGAUGCCAGGGGAGCAAUAUCCUACCUACAUUGCUCAACCUGCUCCUCUGCCAUGUCCAAGGGAAGGAGCUUAUUGGCCUUCUCAUCAACAUCAUUUUGUAUUCAAUAAUUAGUACUAAUUUUUCUAACCUGCUAAAUAUUAUUGAUGGAUUUAUUUGUAAACAUUACAGACAUUAAGAGAUUAUUAUAUAUCUGAAGUCUGUUGUUUUCAAGUUGGCUGUUCUCAAAAGUUAUGAUGGAUGCUCUUCAAAUUUGUGAAACUUUAACACAAUUUUCUUCCCAGAUUGUGUUUUCUUUUUGCUCUCA